GAAGAUCCUCUUGAACCUGCACUUAAACUUAUCCCAGGUUUUUUCGGCACAGUGGUUCUGGUCAAUAGUUUUUCAAUAUUUUACGAAGGACCUUCAUUGCUGAAAUUCGAUAGGAUACCUCUUUAUGGAAUAUUUAUAAUUAGCUGUGGUUUAGGUAUUAUCACUGUUCUACUUGUGAAGUUUGUUUGGGUACCUUUGGUUCGUCGACAUAUUUUAACUGGAGAAUCGAGUAGACAUAUUUUAAAAGGCUAUUGUUCCCGUAAGAGCAAAAAGAAAUUGUCUGUCGCCGUAGACGAUAAGUAUCAAUCUGUUGAGGAUAACAAAUCUUCCAAACUUUCAAGCAGUAAUCAUGAAUCGAUUGAUAUGGAUACGUAUGUACCUCGUGCAGAGGGAGAGGCUGUUGUUGGAUUUCGAAACAAUGUUGCCAAAGGAAAUACAGAUGACAAAGACAAACUUGGACGAGUUACUAAUGAAAAUAAUGGUGUAUUGCAGGGAUUAGAAAAUCAAAAUAAAGUUUCAAGUCAUUUCGAAGUGAAACCAAGUAAUCCAGAUGAAACAGUUUAUAAAAGAAAUCAGUUAAAUAAGGUUUUGGAUUAUUCACCAAAUGAUCAAAAUGCCAUCACGGAUGGUAGUCAUAAUUUAACUAAUGGUAAAAUGAAUGUAUCAUUUCCUCCUAACCUGUCUACAAUUGGUGAAGAACCAGAUCCUAUCGAUUCAGUUAAAGAUCGUCCUGCUGAAGCUCAAGUUUUCUCUUCUUUACAAAUUUUAACAGCUGUUUUUGGAUCAUUUGCUCAUGGUGGUAAUGAUGUAAGUAAUGCUAUCGGGCCGUUGAUUGGUUUAUGGCUUAUUGCUACAACACAAUCAGUUGAUUCAUCGAAAACUACAGAUGUUUGGAUUUUGGUUUAUGGUGGUGUUGGUAUAUCAGUUGGUCUUUGGAUAUGGGGUAGACGAGUUAUUCAAACAUUAGGUGAAGAUCUGACGAAAAUAUCACCUUCCAGUGGUGUUUGUAUUGAAAUUGGUUCAGCCCUAACUGUAUUAAUUGCUAGUAAAAUUGGUCUGCCAAUAUCAACUACACAUUGUAAAGUUGGUUCAGUCGUAUUUGUUGGACGUGCACGUUCUAGAGACAAUGUUAAUUGGGGUAUAUUUCGUAAUAUUCUAGUUGCAUGGUUGGUAACCUUACCCGCUGCUGGUGCUAUCUCUGCUUUACUCAUGUAUAUAUUUACAUUUGUAGUAUGAAUUUAGUUUAUUAUAUUAUUAUUAUUAUUAAUAAAUAUUUUAUGAUUAAAAAUCUGUUUUUAUAAGUAAAAAAGAACGAACAGAAUAAACUAAAUCUCACAAAUCAUUAAUGUAACUUCUUGUUUGUAUCCUCAUUCAUUUUGAGCGAACUGAUUGAUUUUUUUCUGCUCACUUUUUCAUUUAUGUACUAGAUUUCUAUUGUUUUUGUUCUUUUUUUCGUUCAACACAUCCGCUUGUAAACACAUAUGCACAUACACAGAAUAGAAAAACAUUUGCUUUUCUCCCUCGUUAUCAUUACUAUUAUUAUGAACUGAUCUCGUAUUAAUUAGAUAAAUGUUCUUAUUAGUACAAGUGGUGAUGGUUUAUUUAGUUGAUGUUCUGUUUAAAAAUAAAAGUUCCCUUAAUCUCUCACCAUCUUUAUUACGUUCAACGUCUGUGGAAAUAGUACCCUAUUUACCAGUUAACACUGUACACAGUUUACUCACAUACAUGCACAUAAACAGAGACAAGGAAUAGUAAAAAGAAAACAGAUUUGUAGCAACAUCCUUUUGAAUUGUAACAUAAAACAUUAUUAUUUCCUUGUAAUUUUGUUUUUAUCAACUAAUAUUAGUGAAAAAAAGUUUUAUUUUUCUAGUUACUACUUCCUUGAUAAGUUGUUUGUUUAAUGAGAAGUUAUUAUUAAUUAUUAAUUUAUGAUGUGAUUCAAUUAAUUAAUUAAGAGAACCUUUGAAAAAUGUUUGUUCGGUUGUUUUUUCCCCAUGUUUCUUUAUUAAUCAUAUAAACUAUAGGAUAGAUAAAUUGAACUAAUGAUAUCACUUUUUGUAAGAAAUAAAUCUUGGAUUUGUUUCGAUCAAUGAUGAGACGACGUUAAUACAUAGUAAAAUGGUAUUAUAUUCACUUUGAACACCAUUAUUUACAGUGGUGUUAUUUUCUUUGAGCUGGAUGGUUUGUUGUAGGGUCUUUUUUAUUGUCGUCGUUGACUGCAUCAUGUAGAAUAUUCUGGUGGAGAUUUUCAAACAAUAAUGAAUGCUUUGCAAUUAAAUCAUCCAUUUGAUGAAAGUACAUAACACUACCAAAUAGAUUGAUAGGAGCUCCAUUAUUUCGAUAUUACUUAUCUUUGAAUAGUGGAUAGAUAAUGGAUGUUAUCAUAUUGUAUCUUAGAUCUUAUUUCAAUAUACUGAGUUAUCUCAAAAUGUAUCUUUACAUAUAGACUUUUUAGUGGGUAAAAAUGUACUAGUUAGAUGAUAUUGUAUUUUAUCCAGUGAGUGAAUAUAAUUGUAGUGAGUAAAAUAGGUAUAUUGAAAUGAAAAUGGUUGUCAACGAUAUGUGUAAAGUGAAUAAUACAUAUAAAUGUAUCAAUAGUAGUUGUAUAUAUCUUUUAUGAUGGUAAGAGUGCUGAUAAUUUCAAUACUGUAAAUAAAUCAUGAUACUGAGGAAGGAAGGUGAUUUACUGUGUUUGUUUUAUGUCGGUUUCGAAGUAUCUGGACUUUACAGUUUACUAAGAUUCCCUGCAAAAAACCACUCAGUCCACCGUAUUGUACGCGAUUAACGAGGACGUGAAAUGGAUCUGAAGUUUUGGUCGUCAGUCUAGUGCAAGCUUUUUCAAAGAAGAUAAUCAAAUAUAAAUACAUAGUUCACAGGUCGAUUGUAUGCUAAACAAAUUGUCCAAUCAUGUGAACAAUGCAUUAAGUGAGAUUUGUUGUGGUGCGUACGAGUCACUUGGUAUGAAAAGUAUGGAAAAUUGUGAUAAGACAGCAUGUGUAUGUGUGUUUAUGUAGACUUGAUGUGAUAAAAAUUUACCUACCUCAUAUCCCUCUGGUUAUGAUUGUUGGUGCAAUUCAGUGAUUUGAUAGAUGUCAUAAAAUCAACAUGUCGCAGCAUACAUAAAAUGAGGAUGACUAGAGAAAUAAAUGUAAAUUUGUGUUGUUGUGUUAAACAAGCGGAUCGUUCAUCGUAUAUUUGACAAAUUAACUGAUUAGAACAAAUGAAAAAUAGUAGUUAUUGUCCACAUAAU